AUGGCGGACCCAUUUGAGGUUCGCAUGAAAUUCUCACAUCAACUACAGCAUCUCAACGCUUCGGUCACAUCAGCGCAAAAGGCCGCCCAGUAUGCUCUUAGGUACAAGGAUAUGGACGAGGAUUUGCAUUCGUGCAUAUUGGAGCAAAUCGAGCGUACUAACAUGAACACCCGAGCAAACAUCAUGUACUUCAUUGAGCACUUCCUCGAGAUGGCCCAGAAGGACGGCCAUGUCGACUACGUCCGCAUGAUACAGAGAGACAUCAUAAGAGUUGUCGACGCCGUCGCUCCCGACGACGGCUCUGGUGCGGCCAACGUUAAGGUUGUCAGAAGGGUUCUUCAAGGCCUCCAGUCGAAAGCCUUCCUCCUACCGCAGACCGUCACAGAGAUCAACGAGGUGCUCAAGGAGCGGGAGACCUCCAACAUGGACGUCGUCAUGUCCAGCCCUGUUAACAGCACGAACCCGGGACUAGGCGACAUGCCGCCCUCGCAGACGAUCCCGAAGCCCGGCAGCACGCCGCGGCCGCCGCGGCCCGACAAGAAGCAGAUCGAGCAGCGCAUCGAGGAGGACCGCGAGCGGCACAAGCGCCUGCGCGAGAGCAUAUGGGCCGUCCCCACCGAGCCCGCCGACGCCGAAAUGUGGAAGAUGUGGGAGGAGACGAGCGACCUCGGCGAGGACGACCUGAUCAUGGCCAAGGAGGAGGAGGAGGAGCGCCUCAGGUGCGUCAGGGACAGCUGCCCCCACCAGAGGGAGGAGGCUGCCAGGGAGAGGAAUGGGCAGACGAAUGGCAGGCAUGCGUGA